ACAAAAGCAUUAAUCAUUGAAAACUAUCCUCAAAUAAAAACAUUAAAUGUUCGUAAAAAUCUUUUAAUUAAUUUAGAGUUUAUAAAAGAUUUAGUAGACUUAGAAGAAUUAGAGAUAGAUGGUAGUGCUGAGCUAAUUAAAAUUUUAGAACCUUAUUGA